GAGGAUGUUGUAAAAUAUCAGACUACUUCUUACGAAACAAUUGUCAAGAUGUAUUUAUAAAAGAGAAGUGAUUUCAAAUUCGGAUUUUAACUCUCGAAACAAAUCAAUAGUUGUUUUCAUCAAAAUAAAAAAAAGGAAUAACACAAACUGUUUAUGUACUCACGAAACAAUAAUUGUACUAUAGUCAUUCAAACUGGAAUAUUGAAGUUACAUUUUCAAAUGAAGCAACUGUGUAUCAUUUAUAUUUGAUUUUUUAAAAAAGGAUUUUAAUAAAUUGCAUUUGUUAAAAUUACACUGACACUUUGUUCAUCGAAUUACUUAUAACUAAAGUGCUGUUUUGAGUUUAUAUAGAAAUGGAAAAUUAAAAUUCGAAUUUCAACAAACGAAACAAUAGUGCUGAUUAUGUAAAUAAAGGAAUAUUAAAAAUUCGAAUUGUUAUUUCCUACAAGAGAAUCCACUCGAUCAAACGCUACACACGACAUUAACAGAGAUGAAGACAGUAUUCAAAUUCCUCGUCGUGGCCGUCGUGUUCAUCCUUACCGUCCAGCUGUUGAUGCGGUGGGAUGUCGUCACACAAAAACAGAAACUGGUGCCACAACCCGACCACGUAGAGAGGAAAACUUUGGUGAAGUUGGAGGAGGUGAGCAAGAUACCUGCUGGCGACGGCAGGGCUGAAGAGAGAGUAGAAAGCGUCGGACCAUUGCCUGUUGAUAAAAUUAGCGAUGAUGUGAAUGACAAAGAAGAUGAGGACGAGGCAGAGAUUAGACGACUGGAGAGCUCGCCUUAUAUUUACAACGAAAAACGAGAGAGGUUAAAAAUGUCCAAGCCGGUGGUGGCCAGGUCUAUCAAGUAUAUCACCCACCUGUUGCAGUCAGAGACAGAACAUAAAAUUCAGCGAUUCGAUGACUGCCGGUACAGCAUGUGCAGCUACACGAAGAACGCGACAUUAGCUGACGCUGUAUUAAUCAGCGGUCCCUAUGUCAGAACGUACGACCUUCCUACUUCCCAUAGACCUCCAGGACAAAGGUGGGUAUUCUUCAACGUUGACCCAGCGAUAAAGAACUAUAACCUGGACAGGGAGGGGGUCAAGGCUGUGUUUAACUGGACUUUGACCUACCAGCUGAGUGCAGAUAUCCCGAUCGUCUAUGGGCUCUUGGAGAAAUACCAGCCACCGUUCAAAGACUUGGAUCGAAUCUACGAUGGCAAGUCUAAAAACGUCGCCUGGUUUGUCAGCCAUUGUAACACCUGGGGGCUCAGGGAGGUCUACGUCCGCAGGAUGAGUUCCGUCCUGCCCGUGGACAUCUUCGGCGAUUGCGGGAACUUGACCUGUGGGGCGGGGCGUCGUUACGACGAUUCGUCUGUGUGUCUGCCAAUGCUGUCGAAAGAAUACAAGUUUUAUCUGGCUUUCGAGAACUCUUUCUGCAAGGAAUACGUCACCGAGAAAUUUUUCAAACUCUUCGGAGACGUUGAUACCAUACCUGUGGUUAGAGGCGGCUUUGACUACAAGAAAUACCUGCCCUCUGGGAUCUUUGUCGACGCCGCUGAUUUUUCAUCACCAGAAGAACUGGCCAGGUACUUGUUGGAGCUUGGGUCCGACAAGAAAAGAUACACAGAAAUGUUGCGGAGAAAGAAUAGGUGGCGCUAUGCUUCUGCGGGCAGGUUGAUGUGUAAGGUGUGCGAGAAGCUGCACACAGACCAGACGACUGGGCAUAUUGAGAGUAUAAAAGACAAGUUUAAUGGAUCACCUUCUGAAUGUCACAAGGCUACAGAUUUGUAGCAUCCUACAACCGAGUCCAGUUCAUAUCUGUCUUUGCCAUUUUUGUCUAGUCCGGCUCAACCCAGACCAUCUUUAACCUCACCAUUCUUCUUCAGUCCAUCAUAGUCUAGUCCAUCUUAGUCUAGUCCAUCUUAGUCUAGUCCAUGUUAGUCUAGUCCAACUUAGUCUAGUCCAUCUUAUUCUAGUCCAUCUCAGCCUAGUCCAUCUUAGUCUAGUCCAUCUUA